AAGAAAUAUUUGCAAAUUUUUACCAAUAUGAGUACUCGUACCAUUUACAGUGUGCUUUGUCUCUGGUGUCUAUUGAGUAGAUCAUAUCAUAAUGCAAUUGUGUGGAUCAUGUUCUCAUGUUCAGUACGUGGCACUGAAUAACAUAACUGAUUCCAGUGCCUGGCUUGAGGCUUAAAUCCCAACCAAACAAAAAAAAUAUGAAAGAUUGUGUGGUGAGGAAUCUAAAAGUCCUGAAUAGUGAACCCUUAUCUAACUGUAGGAUUGUUAAUAUAUAGGAUAACACUAUUAUUACUACAGUACUGUAUUUGUAUAAUAUUCUUGUGACAUUAUCCUACAGCAUUUUAUGAUCCUGUAUCCAAAAAGUGCAGUACCCCAUGGGCUUGAAUCUAACAUAAACAGUAUUGAAUUUUGAGAAAACACUUUGAAUUUUCUAGUGGGUUGGUCUCCAAAGAUAUCUGGUAUAGCUUGUUCACUGUUUGACUGAAACUGGCAGAAAGUAUACAAUACUGUAGUACAGUUCAAUAACUAUUGUAAAGUUGGGUAACACUAGACUUAACACUUAGAAAGGUGUAACACUAUUGGUGUAAUGUUUUAUCAUUACGUUCUUUUUGGCAACAAUAAACAGAGUAUGGUAAUUAAAAAUAUAUAUUUGCAUGAAUGUAGUUUACAGUGGUUUGAUGAUGAAGUGCGAUGAAUGAUCUGACAGCAUGAUAACCAAGCGAGUGUUACAGUGUAUGCUGAUGAACGUCAAUGCCGUUGGAGAUGGUGUACAGUAUAUCCAGUGUGUUUGCCCCUGGACCUCUAGUGAGGUUGAUUUGAAGGCCUAGUACAUUAAACAUGGAUUUUGAAGACCAAAGAAGAAUAUUUGCCAUGAACAUGGGUGGCCAUCCCAUGGCAAAUCAUCACGCAGCCAGUCAACAAGCUGUGCAACAAGCAGCAGCCCAGCAAGUAGCAGCUCAGCAAGCAGUUCAGCAAGCAGUUCAGCAAGUAGCACAAGGACCACCACCUCCCCUUGCCAGGAUCCUGAUGCCAGAGGCCUCUUUGCCUAUGGUGGUUGGCUCUCGUCCCGGGCACAUGAACACCAUGGCCACAGUCACAACACAGAUGGCUGGCACACAGCAGAUUACUAUGCAUCAUACUGUGCACCAGCAGCAGCUUGCUCACCACCAACAGCAACAGCAUCAGCAGCAGCAGCAGCAAGCAGCCCAGCAACAAGUGGAACAGCAGCAAGUAGCUCAGCAGCAACAGCAGCAAAUAGAGGUGUCUGUAGGCAUGGCAGAUUCCAGUGGAGAAUCUGUUCCAUCCUUGGUAGGAGUUUUGGAGGAGGCAACAGUAGAUGUUAAGAGAGUAGAACUACAAGACACUUUAGUGGUAGAUAGAUGCAGCGGUGAAGUAGUAGAUGGGGUAGCAGCGGGACACAGUAAUGCAGAUCAAUCCCGCUGGUGUUUGGUGUGUGAUAAAGGCCUCCCAACUCAAGAAUCUCCCCAAGAAUAUGUUGACCUUUAUAAAGCCACGAUGACAGUUAGUCAGCGGAAGUUGUCUGCAAUGUUAGGUCGUUUGGUGGGAUUAACUCUCUACAAGGCUCACAGUGAUGUUUUGUGCCGACGUUGCUAUGCUCUAGUGGAUCAAGUUGAUGGACUUGAAAUUGAAUUAGCUGAUACCAAAAUGGAGUUGGUACAACAGUACGAAGCAACUAUUUCUCAUCGACAACCACAUGCCAAAAGGGAUAUUGAAAGACCCACAUUAGAAGUCGAUGUAGAAUGGGAAGAAUCGAAUGAAUCGGAAGUGGUAGACAAUGAUGAUGAUGACCCAGAUUGCACGGCAUCUGGUGCCAAACGCAAGAAGAAAACAAGAAAAACAAAACGUAAAGGAGUUCGGCCACGCAAAGUCAAAUUAACUACUAAAAUUAAGCUUGAUUCAGUUAAUGAAGGUGGCGAUGUUGAUACUGAUGGCCGUCCUAGAAAAAGAGGUCGUGGUCGGCCUAGGAAAAAAGACAAGGAAGAAGAUGAUUAUAUUCCUCCCGGUGCACCUACCAAGGAUUGCCCUGCUUGUAAAAAGGUUCUUCAUGCUAAGAAGUACCUGAUUCAUCUCUCGACCCACCGCCUCUUCCCAUGCCCAUUUUGUGAAUCGGUUUUCAAGAGAAAGGAUAUCAGAACCCAUCUGGCUGAGGCCCAUCAAGAAGAAGUCUUCUAUCCAUGUUCUAAUUGUGACAGCAUCUUCGAUGCUUUCACAGACUUACGGCAACAUUGUCUUGUGGUUCACAUUGGCGUUCUCCAAGAGAAGCACCUAUGUACUGUAUGUAAAAAAUCAUUUUCGAGUUCUGCAACAUUAAAAAUGCAUACAAAGACUAUCCAUAACAAGAUAUUUAACUUCAAGUGCCCUGUCUGUGGUGAAAUAUUUAAUAGGAAAACUAACAUGCAGACUCACCACAAAAGAGUGCAUCAGGGAGUAGAAGUUAGACGAUUGCAGUGUGACAUGUGCAAAAAGAGAUUCCUUUGUCCAAGUGAGUUGCGUAAACAUGUGGAACGUGUUCACCUGAAAUUAAGGAGUAAUGAAGUUCCCUGUUCAAUUUGUGGAAAGCCAUUUGGGGAAUUAAGAGACAUGAAAAUUCAUUUGAGUGCUGUGCACACUAAAGAUACUGAAUAUCCGUGUUCGGAUUGUAAAAGGGUGUUUUAUCGUUUUAGUGAUAUGGUAAAUCAUAAGCGUCGAAUGCAUGGAGGCGAGGAAGUUCGAAAGCACCUCUGUCCAACAUGUGGGAAAGGAUUCUGUAGUAAAAGUGACCUUAGAACUCAUACUAAUGUUGUUCAUGAUGAUACCAAAAAACAUGUUUGCAAUGUUUGUAAUAAAGCUUUCAAGGUUGCUUCUCAUCUCACAUAUCACAAGAGAAAGCAUACAGGAGAAACACCUUUUCAGUGUCCAUAUUGUAGUAAAUCUUUUAGUGGACCAGGGAGUAUAUCAGUACAUGUAAAAAAAGUGCAUAAGACAGUUUAUAUUGGUGUAGCACAGCGUCGUAAACUCAACCUUCCAGAGACUGCUCCUCUACCACCACCUGGCAUUCUACCCAAAAAUGUGAAGCCCAAGACAUGCACAACAGCGAAGAAGACCUUAAAGCAAAAACUCAUAUUUUCCAAGAAAACCAAGUCAUGCCUUGUUCCUGUGGUUAAUGUGAUCCCAGACAAGACAGUACAUCAUCAUCAUGUCUUACCUUAUCAACUAUCAGAAUCAUCUGCUGUUCAUUCAGUUCCUUCCACUAUGCACUCUACAGUUCAUUCAUUAGCACCAGUUAUUGGUUCUUCAUUUACAAGCAACUCAUUUCUUAAUUCAGGUCUUGGGACAACAAAAGUGUUGUCCAGUGACACACUUGUGCAACAUAACGCAUCCAUUCAAAAUGAUUCUCAUAUUCAAAGCACUGGUAUUCUCCAGAAUAAUCAAAUCCUCCAAAAUGACCAUGUUUUUCAAAACAAAUGUGUCUUCCCAAAUAAUGAUUCAACUAUUAUUUGUCACCAGGGAUUGGGUGAUAUCAUCAUUAUAUAGACUUGCAGAUUUCAACAACAAACCCAAGUGAUGCUCUGACUCUGGUGCCCAUGAUUGUGCAACUCCUUCAGGAACCCUCGGGAUGGGUAGCACUUGAGAGCCAAACCUACAUGUAUGGAUGGUUUCAAGUGUCCAUGCUUGAGUACAAUGGGGAAGUUUUUCUUUUCACCAGCAUGAGCCAAUACUCUGGUCAGUGGUCUUCCCUGUUAACCGUUCAACUGCUCAAAUUAACCAAGGGCCAGAUUCACGAAGUAGUUACACAAGUACUUAUGAACCUGUGCAUCUUUUCUCAAUCUUUGGUGGCUUUGUUUACAAUUAUUAAACAGUUAAAGCACCAGGAGGCUGUUUAUAA